AUUAUCAAUGGAUUCUGCAGCCGUCCAUCGAGCACAUCAAGACUACAUGAGCUAGAGGGACAAUUGUCACUCUCACACGAGACCUCUUCCUUGACGGAUGACGUCUGAACAUGCCGCGGCAUCUCCUUCAACCGCUUCCUCGAGCGGUGUCUGGACAUCGGGACAAUUUCCAGAGGAUUCACCAAUACCAAGAUGGUUCCAUAUGGGAUAGACUUGACAGAUGUCAGGUACUUGGCAACUCGCAUACAGGUCAUCGAGGAUGUGUCAAUGCUUUGUCGUGGUCGAAUGAUGGCUCUACCCUGCUUUCAGGCUCAGACGAUGGAAGGAUAUGUAUAUGGGGUGCAGACUCAUCGUCCAUGUCGGAAUCUCCCCAUCCUCUUAGGCUCAACGACACAAUCGCUACAGGUCACACUGGAAAUAUCUUCUCGGCCAAAUAUCUUCCUAAUACCUCUAGUCCAAUUAUCGUCUCCUGCGCCGGUGACAGGACAGUGAAGGUCUUCGAGGUGGAGAGACUGGGCCGAUCAGAAGUGGGUAUUGGCAUGGCAGCACGAGACGAGUUAUGGGGAGUCAGAGGACCAGGAGUCCGGAUCCUGCGCUGUCAUACAGAUCGUACGAAAAGAAUCGCCACUGAGAACUCUCCUUUCCUCUUCCUCACGGUCUCUGAAGAUGGUACAGUACGGCAACAUGAUCUGAGGCGACCUCACGUCUGUCGGUCCGAUUGUCCUGAUCCGCUAUUCCGCGCUCCUCGAGGGAUAGAUCUUUAUAGUUUGAGUGUCAGCACAGUCACGCCGAACAUGUUUGCAGUAGCUGGAAGGACGCACUGUGCUUAUCUUUGUGACCGACGAAUGCUAGAAAGACAGACGCCCAGCUGGGGUCCGAACAUUCAAUCUUCCGAGCAGGUCCACUGUGUGCGUCGUCUAGGAAUGACAGACGAGCAAUGGGCGAAUGGACGACCUAGUGGGAGGAUCUUGUCAUCUGAAAAGCACAUCACAUGCGUGAAAAUGAGUCCAGAGCAUGCCGACGAGGUCAUCUGUGCAUUUGCUUCCCAUUCCGUGGGCAUUUUUUCCACGUACGAUUCGCCUGGGCCCUCGAAUAUGCGCCAACGGUCCGCUUCUCCCAUCACGGCACCACCAGUUCCCACUCCAGUGUCUCGGAGACAGUACACUAUAGACGACUUUUUGCGAGACUCUCCCGACCUUGCGCGUUCGAAACGCAGACAGUCCGUCUUGUCGUCUGUAGCGCCCGAUCCUACACCACCACAGAGGCAGCGAUCAGAAGGCGACAAUGAGGAUAUGCUAGAGAGCCUAGGUAGCUCUUCUCACCCGAUGGCCGUCCAGGACAUCAGGGAAGAGCCUCCUGGAACAAACGCAGACGCGCAACUUCAUUCGCCGAGACCAGCGACCUAUGAUCAACCUCAACGCAUCGCGACCGCUCUCGAUGACACGGUCUUCGAUGCUGAGCUCGACGACGAGAACCAGGAGCUGUUGAAUCUUCAUGAAAUGGACGAAGACGAGAUCAUGGAAGAGGAGGAGGAGGAGGAGGAGGACUUAAUCCUGGAUGAGGAUGAUGAUGACGAAUACGACGAUUAUGAGGAGGACGAAGAUGUUGACGAUGACGACGACGACGAUGAGGAUGACAUCGACGCCCUCGACUUUAUGGAACCGCCAGCCCGAGCGACAGUGUUCGACUCUGUCGACAUGAUUACUCCUCGAAGCAACUUUCGCGGUGCUAAGAAUAUGGACACGGUCAAAGAUUGCAACUUUCUUGGGUCGAGAUCUGAAAAAGUGUGUUGUGGGAGUGAUGAUGGGAACUUCUUUGUGUGGGACAAGGCGACGGGGCGACUGGAUGGCAUUUGGGAAGGCGAUGGAAGUAUCGUCAAUGUGAUAGAACAACACCCCACGCUGCCUUUGAUUGCCGUGAGCGGAAUCGACAGUACGGUCAAGAUGUUUUCUCCACUCCCUCACAAGCCUGAUCCUUCUUUUUCACGGUUACACCUCCGAGACAGUAUCAUCAAGGCAAAUUUAGAAGAGAGACCCUUAUUCUCCCGAGGCGGAUUCGCGAGUGUCAGCUUAUUUGAAUUUCUCGCUCAGCGAGGAAUGAGACCAACAGUGCAUACUGCCGGUGAGAAUGAUGGUCGAGAUGAGGAUGGAUCAACGCAGCAGUGUCCAACUCAGUAGCGACGCGUCGUGGGGCGAGUUUCUCGAUCGUCAGACUACUGCCUCGCCAUGUACUUCAUGUAGUGUUUCGCUACGAUGAUAUCGGUUA